AUGGCUACGAGAAAUAGAACGAUUCUGUUUAGAAAGUAUAGGGAUGCUUUAAAGAGCGUCAGAGUUCCGUCCGGUGGCUCUUACCCGUCGCCUUCGUCUAGUUCCGGUGGUGGUCCGGUGAUCGAAUUGUCUACAACGUCGUUGCUCAAUCCCAACCGCUCGUAUACUCCUCUUAGCACUGAAGAUCCUGGGACAUCUAGUAGAGGUGCGGUAACAGUUGGCUUGCCCCCAGCUUGGGUAGAUGUUUCUGAAGAGAUCGCAGCAAAUGUGCAACGAGCGAGGGCAAAAAUGGCUGAGCUAGCCAAGGCUCAUGCAAAGGCUUUAAUGCCCUCCUUUGGGGAUGGGAAAGAAGAUCAGCGCCGGAUUGAGUCUCUUACCCAAGAAAUAACUGAUCUAUUGAGAAAAUCAGAGAAACAGUUAAAAAGACUUACUGCAGGUGGGCCUUCGGAGGAUUCAAAUGUUCGGAAAAAUGUGCAGCGAUCCCUUGCUACUGACCUUCAGAGCCUCUCAGUAGAACUUCGGAAGAAUCAGUCUAAGUAUCUGAAGCGACUACAGCAGCAGAAAGAGGGUCCUGAUGGAGUUGACCUUGAAAUGAACUUGAACGGAAGCCAUUCCAAACAGGCAGAAGAUGAUUUUGAUGACCUGGGAUUUAAUGAACAUCAGAUGGCCAGACUGAAGAAAAGUGAGGCUUUCACAGCAGAAAGGGAGAGAGAAAUUCAACAGGUGUAUGAAUCAGUAAAUGAACUUGCUCAAAUUAUGAAAGAUCUGUCCGUUCUGGUGAUUGACCAGGGUACUAUAGUGGAUAGGAUUGACUACAAUAUCCAAAAUGUGACAGCAUCCGUGGAGGAAGGCCUUAAACAGCUGCAGAAGGGGACUGAUUUGGGCGGAAUUACUUCAACCUUGACGUCCCCCCGCCUUCCUCACUUUCCCGUCGCCACCACCUCCGCCGCUUUCCACCCCUAUGAUCAGUCAUUCAAUCUUCUCUUCUUCUCCGGCAUUAAUGCCACAAUUAUGAGGGAAAUCGUAACCGUCCAAGUUGGAAGCUACGCCAACUUCAUCGGUUCUCAUUUCUGGAAUUUCCAGGAUGAAUUGCUUGGAUUGACUGAUAAUCAAGAGAGUAUACCAGCCUUCAGGAACCACGGUCUUGAUAUGGAUGUUCUUUAUCGAACCGGUGAAACACAACAGGGGGAGGUAACAUACACUCCUAGGGUGGUUUCAGUAAAUUUUCAAGGAUCCCUUGGGUCUAUGAGUUCACGUGGAACCUUGUACGAUCAGACUCCUCCUAAAUUGUCAUCAGAUAUUGUUUCAUGGAGGGGUAAAGUUGCUACUCAGGCAUCUGAACCGAUAAAGAAAAAUUUGUUCUUACAGAGUUUGUAUGAAGAAGAACAAGAACGUAAGAGCGGACCUAAUGUUUUUGACACUGGGAAGAAUGAAGCUACGGAUGAAAUCCAGGACAGAGACAUUGUUGAUUCUUUGGAAAAUACUGUCAAAUAUUGGACUGACUUCUCCAAAGUUCACUAUCAUCCUCAGAGUUUAUAUGAAUUAACUGGAUUGUGGAUAGAUGUUGAAGGUUUUGACUAUGGAACUGGAAGGGAGGCAUUUACUAAGACUUCGCACGGGGAAGAAAUGAGCAGCAAGCUCCGAUUCUUCAUUGAAGAGUGUGACCAUAUUCAGGGACUCCAAUUUGUGGUUGAUGACUUCGGCGGGUUUUCCGGUGUAGCUUCAGAAUUUCUGGAGAACAUUGCCGAUGAAUAUGCAAAUGUACCGGUGUUAUUAUAUUCAGUCCGUAAUCCUGUUUCCCACAUGAACACCAACAGUCAGAAGUUGACAAUUUCUGAGAGUCUUCAUGAUGCAAUAUCAUUUUCGAGACUAUCACCUUUCUGUAAAUUAAUUGUCCCUGUAGGAUUGCCCACCCUGAGUACAAGCAAAGCUUCAAAAUAUCUUUGCAUCGAAGAUCAAAAGCUGUAUCACUCCAGUGCAGUUUAUGCAUCUGCUUUUCACACCAUCAGUCUCCCCUUCCGGAUGGAACAACUUGGUCCGACUGCAGAUUCAACCUAUGCGGUCGGUGCGCUGGAUAUGAGCGAAGGCAUACAGCUGUUGAUAGGCCAAGGAAGACAAAAUACAGUUGCCACUUUGGAUGUUGCUAUGCCCGCACCAUCUUUGAACGGUGGCCAAUUUGAGCAAUACUUACUCCAGAAUUUGCAACCUUUGACCCCGGAGGUAGCAGAAGAUGUUGAAGAUUCGCUAGCCAUAGAGACAAUGUCUAUCCAUGGAAUCCUGGGAGCAGGACAGCAAGAAACUACAGCUUCUGAGGUCAAACUAGCAGUUCAUGCUGCUUACGAGAAUUCUAUUCAGAGGCCCAGAUUCUCUUAUCUAUCUGUGUCCCGGCCUCCUCUACCUAUUCCUCUCCCUUUUCCAUCAAUCUUCGGAAAUCUUGUAGGCCAACAUGGCAAGCUAUUGGGGAACCCGAUCUUAGGUUCAUCAUCAAGGGGAUCCCUUGAUGUGCAUUCCAUUCCAAUGGCAGCAAGAUUGCGUUCCACAACUGCAAUAUUGCCAUUCUUGGAUCGCAGAUUGCACGAUCUUCGCAGAUUUGGUAUUCAGCGAGGGGCAGUUGGAACUGAACUUCUUGGAGGUUGGGGUUUUGGGAAGGACGAAUUGGAAGAUAUUGGAGAAUCUUUAUCUAAGAUGGUUUCAACAUUGAAUCCUCACUCUGAUUACUCUUCAGACUCAGAUUAA